UUUGUUCAAAGCCUACUUAGUUAAAACCCGCUCUAUAAAUUGUUACAUGUUUUAAGGUUGCCGUUAUUGACGAGUGUUAAGUCUGAAGUGUACGUUUAAGAAAAAUAGGAAAAAAUGCUGACCCAACGUCUGGCAAUUAAUGUACCAAAAGUUCUAAAACGGAACUUUGGCAUUAUUGCACCAGCAUUUCAGGAAGCAAAAGACCCAAUACAGAAGUUAUUCAUAGAAAAAAUUCGUGAAUAUAAAUCAAAAAGCGCCGGUGGAAAAUUAGUUGAUGCAUCCCCUGAAGUUGAAAAAGAAAGGGCUUCAGAACUUGACAGACUUCAAAAACAAUAUAAUCCCACAAAUACUAAUAUGACAGAAUUUCCUAAAUUUCAAUUUACAGAUCCACAAAUAACAGACAAAUAAAUACAUCUAUGCAAAUUUAUAAAGUAUAUACUUAGAAUAUUUACAUUACUUUUAAUACUAAGUAAUCAGUUAUAAAAUAUAUGUACAUGUAAAUCUGAAUUAUAAAUAUAUUAAUUAUCCCCUAA